UGUCCGUUAAAAUGUUUAUAGCAGACUUUUUCAUAUAAAAUAGCCGGACAGUCUUGUUUCUCCUGACUCUGAUUCCUUUUUAAGAUUUAAAUACAUUUAUGAGCAGUUUUAUUCUACAGAAGAACAUUUUAAGGACGAAUCAGACGACCGACCCCGGCUAGCGGUUUGCUAAAGCUAGCGUUUUUGUUGCUAGUUCUUUAUUAGCUUCUGUUAUUUAAUUCGUCGCUUAUUUUUGACACGGAUUAUAAUUAAUUUUGCAGGAUAAUAAAUUUAAGGGGUCAACCCACAAUGUCCAGUGUGAUGUGUGGUCGCAGCAGGCUGAUCCUGUCUCGAGCUGCUAGUUGUCAAAACUUUGCUUCUCUCAGGGCUGCGAGAUGCAGAACAUUUUCAGCUGCGAGCUCAGAUGGGCCUUACAUCACUGUGUCACACGCAGACUCUGGUCCGAGGACCGUGUGGCCAGAUGAAAGCAUGGGACCGUUCGGGCCUCAAGACCAGCGCUUUCAGUUGCCGGGUAACGUUGGGUUUGACUGCCACCUUGAAGGCAUGGGGAACCAGAGGAAGGCUCCAGUCCACAAGACGGUACCUGAUGUACUGUCGACUCCGAGCAGCACAGAGAGGCAACAGUUCGUUCUGGCCCAGUUCGUCAACGAGUUCCAUGGGAAACUGGGUCCUUUGUCCACCAGAGUCCACAGAGCUGAGCAGUACUUUAACCCCACAGACACAGACUGUUCCAUUAGUUCCUGCCCAGAGCUGAUCCGCAAAGAACUGGAGCAGAUGUUCCCCUCGGCGCCGGCUGCCUCCAUCACAGUGGUGACGGUCACGCAGAGGUCCACUCGGUUAGAGAACCAGGACGAAGACCUGCUGCUUCACAAAUUUGUGAGCGGCGCUAAGGAGAUGUGUUUCGCUCUGUGGACGGCCGGCUACUGGGCAGACUUCAUCGACCCGGCAACAGGAGCCGCGUUCUUCGCGUCUCCGCUGAGUCCUGCUACGCUGCAACCCGACGUGCCGCUCACACAUCUGGGCUUUCACAUCGAGGUGUCGGGCUCCUGCACCGUCAUCCGUCACGUCCUCAGAGGAACGUCUCUGUUCGUGGGGACCGUUUUCACCAACGCACCCACCAACAGCGCUGCCAUCACCAGACUACAGGGACAGGCGAACGCUCUCGAGGAGGAGUGAACUCAUCUAUGAGCUCUGGAACAAAAAGCCUCUGACUGUGUGAAGCUGAGUGGUUCUGAAGGUUCUACUGAGACCACACGUCUCCACUUUUUUAUUUAACCCUGCUCUACGUCCAGAGAGAAUCACACUCGCGUCACUUUGUAGAAAGUGUUGAUAUUUAUUAAAUGAAGCCUCUUUGGUCGUU